CCACGUGGCUUCUUGACGCCCCUGUCCCGCCUCUGCCCUAGACCCUGGCUAGGGGUUGCCUGGAGGCCCCCGCGCCCCUCUGCCGUGGGUGCGGGACGCUGCUCUCGUCGUGAGAGGGCUGCUGCUGCGUUGACCCGAGAUGUUCCCGUUAUAAACAGCGUGGGGGACGGGACCCGCCUCUCUCUGCUCCACAAGGCUGGAAGUCGGCAAAGCGGAAGCGUUUGGCAGCCGCUAUCUGGCGCUUACCGCUGUACGAAUCCGUUCGUCCAAGGAAUGGAUGAGUCUCGGCUCAGGAAUUGGAUCAUGUUCAAGUAAUGGAUGUGAAAGAACUUCUUUUGCAUUUCUGCGUCAAGAACUUCCUGUGAGGCUAGCAAAUAUCCUGAGAGAAAUUGACCUGCUUCCUAAUCAGUUACUGAGCACUCCAUCAGUACAGCUGGUAAAAAGCUGGUACAUUCAGAGUCUAAUGGAUGUAGUUGAGUUCCAUCAAAAAAACGCAGAGGACCACAGGGUUUUAGCCGACUUUAUAGAUACACUUGUUAUAGUCCGAAAUAGACACCACGAUGUUGUUCCUAUAAUGGCGCAAGGAGUAAUUGAAUACCAAGAUGCCUUUAGAGUGGACCCAGUCACCAAUCAAAAUAUUCAGUACUUCUUGGAUCGGUUUUACAUGAAUCGUAUAUCUAUCCGGAUGCUAAUAAACCAACACACACUUCUUUUUGAUGACAAUACCAACUCAGGUCACCCACAGCACAUUGGGAGCAUUGAUCCAUGCUGUGAUGUGGUGGGAGUGGUGAAUGAUGCUUUUGAAACUUCCCGGAGACUCUGUGACCAGUAUUACUUAGCUUCUCCAGAAUUAAGUCUUAUUCAAGUGAAUGGAAGAGUGCCAGUACAACCGAUUCACAUUGUUUAUGUUCCUUCCCAUCUCUUCCACAUACUGUUUGAACUCUUCAAGAAUGCCAUGAGGGCAACAGUUGAACAUCAGGAGAACAAUUCUUCUCUUUCUCCAGUUGAAGUGACUGUCGUUCUAGGAAACGAAGACCUGACAAUUAAGAUAUCUGACACAGGAGGUGGUGUUCCAUUGAGGAAAAUCAAUCUCCUGUUUAGCUACAUGUAUUCCACAGCACCAAGACCAAUGAUGGAUGACUCUCGUAAUGCUCCUUUGGCUGGCUUUGGGUAUGGCUUGCCAAUUUCUCGUCUAUAUGCUAAAUACUUUCAAGGAGACUUGAAUCUAUAUUCUAUACCAGGUUACGGAACAGAUGCUAUUCUCUGUCUGAAGGCUCUUUCAACAGAAUCAGUAGAAAAGCUCCCUGUGUUCAACAAGUCUGCCUUUAAGCGUUAUCAAAUGGCUACAGAGGCAGAUGAUUGGUGUAUCCCAAGUAAACCAAAGAACUCAGUGAGGCAAAGUGCAGCCGUGUGAAAGAAACUUCAAGUUGUUUGAAGAGACAGUUUGAUUCCCUUCUAUCAGGACUAAUGCUUGAGGGCAUUACUCUACAGUUCCUUCCAACAGGUCAUGGAACAGAAGGAGUCUGUCAGCCUGUUGGAAGAAGGGAAGGAAAGAUCAUGCUGCAGAUCUGGAGGUUAUAGUCUAGACCAGGGCUGGCCUUAUGGGUGGAUAACAUGGGCAACUGCCCUGGGCGCUGUGGUCUGUGGGGCACCAUCAGUGCUUAAUUUGUUCCAGAGCUUGCCAACUCUGAGCCCCGCCACCUCUCGGCAGGGCAGUUCAUAGCCCCAGCACCUCUGGACUGCCGGUCAGCAGCUGCUGCUCUGAAGGCAGCGCUGCCAGCAGCAGCACAGAAGUAAGAGUGGCAGUAUUAUACCAUCCCACCCUUACUGCUGCAUUUCUGCUGGCGGUGGCAUUGCCUUCAAAGCUGGGUGGCACUUGACCAGCAGCCACCGCUCUCCAGCUCCCGUGGUCAAGCGACAAGGAAUGGGGCAGGCCUGGGGUGCAAGCCUGCAGAAAGGAGCUCUGGGCAAUGUGAGGGGGAGACAGCAGGACCCAGGGGCAAUGGGAGCUCAGGGAGACAGAAGGGGCCAGGGACAAUGGGGGGAAUAGAUGGGGAGGCAGUUGGGGCCAGGGACAAUGGGGGGGGGGGAGUAGAGGCCAGAGGCACCAAAAUACGGAAAAUGGCACCCUGUGCCAACUUGUAAGGCUAGCCCUGGUCUAGACUGCACGAUUUGACCUGUGCCAUUCAGUACAAAG